GAAGAGGCGAACGCAGCGUUCCACCGGCUGUUCCGCGAGGGGCGCCGUGGCGCCCGCGAUGCGCUGCGUAACUGCAUCAACCACUGCACCAUCGAGUGCGGCGUCUUCAAUGCCAUGGGCCUUCGCCCAGGGAUUGGAGGCGCGGUCGUCUCCGUCCUUGGCUGCGGCCAGCAGCAGCUCGCCGAGCAUCCGCCUGGUGGCCGCCUGGCCUUCAAUUGCGAGAUGUCGGUGGAAGGGCGGGCCCAAUGCCUCCAGGUGGUAAGUGGGGAGUGGCAUUCGAUGGCGAGGAUCCUGGGCGUUUAUAAUCCCGAGCUGAGCCGCGACGACAGGGGCGCGAUCUUGCGCUGCUGGCUGGCGAACGCGGAGCGGGCGCAGCCGGGCGAGCUGGGGCGCCUCGCCGCG